UUUUCGUAUAUGAUUCAGUACAGUGUUUGAGUUUGCGAGCGAUUAAGCGCCGUGGCACAGAAAAAAAAUUGCGCUUCGUAGCUUGACUUGUUUUCAGAGAAAAAAAAAAACAAAAAAUAAAAAAUAAAUAAUAAAUAAAUAAGUAAAUAAUAAGAGAAGUCAAUAAAGCGUUUUAAGCGUGCGCUUUUCAAAGAAAUAAAGUAUUAGAAGAUUUGCACGAGUAGUAACUGGAAGAAUUUUGUUCGACAUAGAUGGAGGAAGAAACGCGCAACUACGACAAGGAAGCGGAGGAGGAGGAGGAGGAGGAGCAAAUUGUGGAGGACGAUGGUGAUGAGUACACCGGCCCCGGCGAACAAGAGGUAGAGAAACCGACCAAAGAGGAAUACAAGGUCGCCAAGUGGAUGAAAAACAAUAUAAAAACGAAGAAAACAAAGUUUCUAAGCCACAAUGUAGAGUAUUUCUCCUCGAAUAAGGCGAUCGAUGGGCUGAUGAAAUCAAAGUUCGCCACGGGUGAUGAUGCACUGUUUACCACACGCGAACAAGUUGUAGAAUUUUUAGAUGUUAUGUUGGAACAUAAAUUUUUCCAUCGCGCUAAAAAAGUGCCCGUCUCGCUGGAGGAGUUGCGUGGCUGCGGUGCAGCUGGCACCGCAUGUAGCAAAUCAACGAAAAACAAAGGUGACGAAAAAGAGCAAAAGAGUAGUGGCAAAAAGGAUACUGAAGCUGAAGCUGAGGCUAGCGGUGGCAAUGGCGUAGGCGAUGGCAAUAUCAGCACCGGAGCUGGCAACGGUGGCGGUGAGAAAAAAGAGAAACGUAAACGUAAAAUACGGCUGGAUAUGCAUCCUGAACAGGUGUUUGUGGAUGGUUCUGAAGCGUAUGUGUGGAUUUUCGACCCGAUUCCCAUACACUACUGGAUAUAUGGGUUAAUAUUGCUGCUGGGUGCUAUUCUGAUCUGCUUGUUCCCGCUGUGGCCACCGCUAUUGCGCAAAGGCGUCUACUAUUUGUCGGUUGCGGCCGCUGGAUUCCUUGUCGUAAUAUUGGCAUUGACGGUGAUACGGCUAAUUAUAUUUACAAUCGUUUGGGCGUUAACUUAUGGAAAAGUGCAUUUCUGGCUGCUGCCGAAUUUGACCGAGGAUGUGGGUUUCUUCGCCUCAUUUUGGCCGCUCUAUGAAACAAAAUAUAUGGCCGACGAGGAGAAAUUGAAAACCUCCGACAAACGCAGCAAAUCGAAAUCGAAAAAGAAGGAAAAGGACAGCGAUGCAGAGGAUGACACUGCCCCCGAAGCGAUUCCACUAGAACCAGAAAAGAUUGAAGAGGUGAAGGAACAUGAUGCCGAAAUUGAGUUUCGGCACCGCAAUGUCGCCAAGUCCGUGGCUAGCGAUAGCACAGCGGACGCUGAAGAGGAGUCGCAUAGCAGUGGUGGCGGCGACAAUAUCGAAGCGGCCGCAGAGUCGGACGCUAAAGGCUCACCCACUCCAUCGGAAUCUGAAUCGGAAAUCUCUGGCAAGGAUCAGUUUGAGAUAAUUAGUUCCAGCGAAGUGCAAAAUGUUAAUUGAUAAAUUAAUCAAUAAAAAAUUUAAUGCAAUUUAUAUUUUUACCUAUAGACAAAAAAUAUACACUAUUAAGCUGAUAAACAAAAUAUUAAA